UCGAUUUAUAUCGUGACGACGACGGUAUUACAGAAGAAGAAGUGUCCAGAGGAUUGGCGCCACGCGCUCACGGCCACUGAACUGGUUGACCUGUCUUCUCUGACCUCACUUGUCCUCAUUCAGGUUCUAUUCCCCUCAAGGAGCCACGCAAGAAUCAUCUCGAAGCCCUACGUUGGACCAUCAAUCAGGCGUUAUGGCUGUGAGUAUUACGACGCUAUUACGAAAUAGUUAACUUUUUCUCACCUGUCGUGCAAACUCAUCUGUAAUUAACAAGGUCGAAUUUCGAACAACGGACAACCGGUGCACAUUGGCGACACAGGGAUAUUUCCAACCUUUCCGCCAUUCUGGUAAUGUUGACUUGUCAGCCACGACCAGGUUAAAGUGGCCAUAAACCUCCACCUCCGAGGUCAGUUACGUCCGGGUUGAACGAGUGCUAUCAUUCAUUUUUAUUUCUCCUACAUCCUGCGCUGUUAUUUUGAUGUUUCUUGCUUUUCGUUCUUAUCAUUUCUUUAUUUAUUUUACAUGCUGCCUACCGUACACAUAUAAAAAAAAUUGAGGGCGAUUGAUGUAAUUAAUGCGUUGACAAUGCGCUAGCAUUAGAGAUUCGGCUUCCUUCUAAAUGCUUCUCCGUUGCGCCUAGAUCACACCUCAUACAGCACAGCACACCACAUACAGACAUGACACAUGACAGACGCCACAUGACAUGAUAUACAAACUCAGCCGCUUUCGAAACUCUCUGAGAACGUACGAGACACACUGAAUUUGUCCAGAGACGAGGCGCAACUGACGACGGCUCAAGCAGUCAAGCUCCAGCUGCCACGUCUCCACGCUUCCACGUGACGGACAAGAGCGAAUCAGCUUGCGGAGUGCAGCCUGAUUCGCUCUCUUCCGUCACGUGCUGCGCCGUACACGGAAACCUCGGUCACCACGCUACGACGCCGGCUUCUCUUCGAAAUGGGGCUUCUAAUGAUAACGCAUAAAUACUUCGACUAGAAUGUGUUCUCUGUGGUGUAGCUUCAGACAUGCAGAUAUGAAGGGAAACUAAUAGCCCCGAAGUCUUCGCUGAAUUAUUCCGUUUCGAUUUAAACACAGUACGCUUCUGUUAAGAAUUAGGAGAGUCUCGAGGAUAUAUGCAACCCAAACGUUUAUUUGAUUUAUAGUGCGUGAGCAUGAGGUCCGUGACUGAGGCAGAUUGCGCUUGAGUCACCUCUUCCUUCUCUAUGAUGAGGGUAUUUUCAACAACUUCCAUUUCGCGAUGAUCGUCGACGCCGCGAUGAUUGAUCAUCAAAACACGGCAGACUGAUGGACAAAUCGGGGGCAGGCGAGCUUUGGUUUCGAAAUUUGCAAGUUUUGAAAUUGGUAAUGACUCGUUUGCCAACGCGUUAAGUAGCCCUAUUGGCUAGAUCGAAGAAAGAUGGGAACAGCCCGCUUGAAAGCGCUUCUACUGUUCAUAUUUCUACCAUUCGAAGUUUAUUGUCACCAAAGUGGGACAAAACGCCGUCCCCAGGAAGGCUGGUCGGACAGCGAGCAAGAAGUGAAAAAGCGUGACUUGACACUUUAGGUUAAAGCUGUUUCUAAGCCAGCUGAAACACAUGCCAUGCAGGUGACAUGAACAUCUGACUCCGAACAACGCCCCUGCAAGACCUUUGAGAACAUGAGGCGCGUGCAGGUCCACACGGAGAACACUAGAAAGCCUCUCAUCCGCUCACGUGGCGCUGCAUGACAUCAACUCGGGAAUGGUCACGUGGGAGGGAAGAUGACAGCCACGCGGGGUCCGCUGCACGGACAGGACUCGCCGACAACCAGUCGUCCAGUGUCACAUCUGAGACUACCUCGCAAACCCAAGCGUCUCACGAAAUUCGCUAUCAACGCCCUGUACGUGCUGACACCUCCAGCAUCGUCAAGUUCAAACGCGUAAUCAUCUUUUUCAUCCCGGUAUUUCUGUUGCUCGGCGUUGUAACCUAUUUUGUCAUCAAGCACGUCAGCGACCGGAAAGUCUACCUGCUCUGCGAUUCGCAAGCUUGUAGCGCGUUUGAAGUAAUGCUCAGUAGGACCAUAAACCACCGUCUCAAUCCGUGCGACAACUUCUACGCCUUCGUCUGUGACGGUUGGAACAAGGCUCAGUUGAAGUCUGUCUACCGAAGCCACUUGGACUACUUUCUGGCGUUGCUGAACGACAAUCUCCAGGAAAAUGUUCCUCGAUAUGGGCAGGACCCGCAUGAAAAGGCGGCAGCAUUCUUUCAAGCGUGCAGAAUGGCUGCACAGAAGAAUCGUGGAGAUACGCACGGCUUCAGAAGUAUUCUCUCUGAAAGCAACGUAGACUGGCCCAGCAUCUCCGAGAAGGCGGACGUGCUCUUGUCAUUGGUCAGAUUUUUCAGGAUUCUUAGGGUAACGAACCUUUUGAACAUUGAGAACAGUGAAAACGUAUUGGUCAUUCAUGGAGGUGGAGCAGAAGCUUCCAACUACAAGAAGAGGGCAGCCGUAAUUGAAAACUCAGGAAGAUACCAAUGGUACUACGAGACAUUUCAAAAUGCAACAAAAAGUACACGCACGAGGGAAGAAUUUAUGCUUCCAUACUCCGAAUUUUUGCAAAUCGAAGUUGCAAUACUCGAUGAUCUCGCAAACUAUAGCAAGGACACUAGCACGAACCCACCGAAGAACUUGCAUGAGCUGGCGAACCUGACAAAUGAAAUUUCUUACGAGCGUUGGUUAAGACUCGUGACAGAGGAGCUUGUCCUCCCUGCAGAUGCCCCGGUAUUCAGCCAGGAUGACUGCGAUUACCUACGGGCGUUUAGCGGACUUUUGAACAAGAUGGAAGAGAAGUAUAUUCACUACGAAGUAGGCUGGAUCAUGGUGCAACAUUGCGCUCCCUUCAUCAAUAGGGAAGUCCUGGGCGCCUAUGCGGGCGACUUUGACCCGUCCGACGCAGGAAAACGUCGAGAUAUACAAAACCGCAACCUCUGCCUCGACCUCACUGAAACCUACAUGAGGUGGUCGAUCUAUGUGAAGUUUUCGGAGGCGUACGCUCCAAGCGCCUCUAUAAGAGAAGUGCGUAAGAUAAUCGACGACAUUGGCAAAGUCGCUUUUAUUAGGACCGGGGCUACAGAAGACAGCAUGGGUGCAGGUUAUGUCAACUCUUCAUUGCGAGAACAGUUGCACUUGAUGACGAAGUACCAAGACCGCUUUGAGGAUUCCAAUUUUCUGAGCGCCACAUUCUUCAACAUCAGUGACAUGGGUCCUUUCAUCUUCCAGAACUGGCGCAGAGUUGUUAACGAUUUCCUCACGCGCGGAAACAUGACCCUUUGGGAGCUGGUCAGCACACAUUUCAUUUUUGGAUUACUCGCCACGAGUGAGGCCUACAAUCUUUACAAUAAAGCUGAUGACAUGUACUUGUUACCACCUUACGCGAUGAUGCUUCCACUGUACGACAAUAACGUCAUGAGUGCAAUCAAGCACGCUGCCUUAGGAUCAGUCAUCGCCUCGGCGGCCAUCGCUAUGACCGGGUGUUCGAACAGGAGCAAAGGCUCAGUCAGAAAUCAAUCUCUUGACGAGCACACUAACAAACAAGUGGGUGAUGCGGCAGCUGCGCUAGAGGUAGCCUGGGAAGCAUACAGGAAGGCAACAGAAUAUGCUAAGGAUGUUCGACUUCGUCAUCUGCCACAUUUGUCGUCCAACGCAAUCUUUUUUGUCGCUACGUGUUAUACUCUGUGUGGCCAGCCUGCUAACACUUACCCAGCAUUGCGAUGCAACGAGCCCUUGAAACAUCGACCUGAGUUCACUGGAACUUUUUCUUGUAAUGAUGUCUCUUUUAAUGAUCCUGAGUUGAAGCUCUACGACCUACGUCCUCUGCCAAGGCGUCCGCUCGUUGGUGGUAACCAAGGUCGUGCUGAAGACUGGGAGGUGGUGGGUUCGAAUCCUACCGCCGGCUGUGCUGUCUGAGGUUUUCCCUGGGUUUUCCGAAGACUUUCCAGACGAAUGUCGGCACAGUUCCCCCUGAAGUCGGCCCAGGACGCAUACUAACCCCACUGUCCCCCACUCCUUCCUGCUAUCCUCUCUCCGUCUGUCCACAUCUGUACGUCGCUCAUAGCCACAGUUGCUUCGCGGCGCUAACACCCAAUCAAAAAAAAAAAAAAAAAAAAAAAAAAAAACGUCCUCUGUAGAUGUCACCUUUAUUCCUGUAUGAGAUCGCCACGUGACCAAAGCUAGUUUAUAUGGCAUGCUAGGAAAUAAUAUUGCCAAGUUAAAUAUAUGCUCGAGGAGAUAGCUCCUAACGGUUUCGUUGUGCUUUCUUAAACUGGGGUGACGUCAGGGGAGAAAUGUCUGGAUUGGUAUUGGUUCGCGUACAUAACGCCGCUAGCGUCGAAGUGCGGAACGCGAUAAAUUUUCAAAUCUGCCUGAUAUAACAGACUGUUCUUCUUCUGGGCCCAGAAGAGCAGUCUACGUUAAAUAUAUCAGCGGCUGUCGUCCUGAGGCAAUUCCCGUCACACAUAUACUGUGGUAUUAGCUUUGGAUUGGUUUGUGGUCAUUGGACUAUACAGUAUAGAUUUUUUUUCCAUGGCUAAGCCGUCCUACCAAUAAACAUUUACCAAAGAGUU